GUUAAACGGUCAAAUAGAGUGUUGACAGGCAUAGCAGAGGCCACAGGAGGAAGAAGAGGAAGGCGGAGGAGGAAACGCUGACUGCCUCGACGAGUAACUUUUUAUCGUGUUUUAGUGAUUCUCCGCUUAAACUUCUGGCUGUUCUAGGUGUCACAGCGGCUUGACCUAGCAAUCGGGACGGACGGACGGACAGACAGGCAAACAGACAGACUGAUAAACACAAUGGGUGACUGCAGUGACCUAGACCGGCAAAUUGAGCAGCUGCGGCGGUGCGAGGUGAUCAAGGAGGCGGAGGUGAAGGCGCUGUGUGCCAAGGCAAGAGAGAUCCUGGUGGAGGAGAGCAACGUUCAGCGGGUCGACUCCCCUGUCACGGUGUGUGGCGACAUUCAUGGCCAGUUCUACGACCUGAAAGAACUGUUCAAGGUGGGCGGUGAUGUGCCAGACACCAAUUACCUCUUCAUGGGAGACUUUGUGGACCGAGGCUUCUACAGUGUGGAGACCUUCCUACUCCUGCUGGCACUGAAGGUGAGGUAUCCAGACAGGAUAACGCUGAUCCGAGGCAAUCAUGAGUCCCGGCAAAUCACUCAAGUGUACGGCUUCUAUGAUGAAUGCCUGAGGAAGUAUGGCUCCAUCACAGUGUGGAGGUACUGCACCGAGAUUUUCGACUACCUCUCUCUUUCAGCCAUUAUCGAUGGAAAGAUAUUCUGUGUGCACGGUGGCCUGUCUCCCAGCAUCCAGACACUAGACCAGAUCCGCACUAUAGACAGGAAGCAAGAAGUGCCACAUGACGGCCCUAUGUGUGACCUGCUGUGGUCUGACCCAGAAGACACUCAGGGGUGGGGGGUGAGUCCCAGGGGUGCUGGCUACCUCUUUGGCUCCGAUGUAGUGGCUCAGUUCAACGACACCAACGGCAUUGACAUGAUCUGCCGGGCCCACCAGCUGGUCAUGGAGGGCUACAAGUGGCACUUCAACAACACUGUUCUCACAGUGUGGUCUGCACCCAACUACUGCUAUAGGUGUGGCAAUGUAGCAGCUAUCCUGGAGCUGGACGAGAACCUCAAGCGUGACUUCACCAUCUUUGAGGCGGCGCCGCAGGAGACUCGAGGGAUUCCUGCCAAGAAGCCACAAGCAGACUACUUCCUUUAGGCAUGACGGAGCAGACAAUUCAUUUAUCAACCUACCAUUUUGUACAUUUCAGCCACUGCACGCAUGUACCGUAUAUCAGAUUCAUGCGUGUAUGCGUGUGCAUGCAUGCAUGCAUGUGUGUGUGGUGUGUGUGUGUAUCUGUGUGUGUGUGUGUGUGUGUAUACAUGUAGUCUCGGCUCAAUGUAAUGAAUGCCGUGGAAGCUCAAGGUACAAUUCAGAUUUUCAUAACCAUCAUCGUUUGUUUGAUCACUGUGUUUGCCCUGGAGUGCAGACAAGGGCAAAUUCUUUUAAUUAUUCUCUCUCUCUCUCUCUCUCUCUCUCUCUCUCUCUCUCUCUCUCUCUCUCUCUCUCUCUCUCUCUCUCUCUCUCUCUCUCUCUCUCUCUCUCUCUCUCUCUCCUCCACUUACCUAAUGUAGAGUGAAAUCUUCAUUUUACAUAAUGAAUAAAAUUAUGUAAUUUUUUUAGCCUUUUAAAUCAUUUGCUGUAUAUUGAUGAGGACAAGAAAUACACACAUUCAAAUGUACAUUUCACUUUAUAUAUAUAUAUAUAUAUAUAUAUAUAUAUAUAUAUAUAUAUAUAUAUAUAUAUAUAUAUAUAUAUAUAUAUAUAUAUAUAUAUAGUAUAUAUAUUUGUGCAAAGAAAUCAUGCUAAUAACCACAAUGAAAGAAAAGAUACACACAUGUACACACAAACAUGCUUGAACCACAGAAAACAUUGCAUGAGAGAAACUGAAGAGAAAUGUGGCUUUUGUCUUUGCUUACAUACAUUCUUGAGAGGAUGAUGUUGACGUGGCAAUUGGCGAUGGCGAUGAAUGCAUGCCUUCCUGCCUCCCCCUGACCUUACCUCUCUGGUGUGAUGGAUGAUGCUGAGCAUUGUGUUACUGAGCUGGCUUGGGAUGUCACAGUUGAGAGGCUGGCAGGCCAGCAGUGUGUGGCUCAGUACAAGCAGUGAAGGAGUAUGAAAGGCUCAACAAAACACUGGAAAAGUUGUUGAGAUGCUGAGCACUGAGAAGUGAGAAGUGGGUGGAGGACUUUGUGGGAAGCAGUGAAGGGACGUUUUUAGAGGCUUACUCAUAACAGUGGUGAGAUGGAUGUGAAGCCUAGCAAAUAGCAUUGAGAGUCAUUGCUAAUAUAACCAUGGCAUUAAUUCCUGUUAUCUGGGCAUAAUCAUCUCAAUAUGUUUCCUAGAUGUUCUCGUGAGGCAGUCAGUUGCUGCCCUUUAGAACCCUGUAAUGGUUAGGUGGCAUCCGUUUGUGGAUUGAUUAACUGAUUGGAUUAAUACAAGGAACAAUACAUAGCUACCUGGCUUCACUUCCUCCUGCCCAUCCUUGCUGUGCAUAAGCUAGGUAGGGAGUUGUGUGAAGACUUGCUAUGCAUCAUGCAAUAGUGUCAGUGAGUGUAGCAAGUUGUUUUUACGCUCUCGUCAUGGGUGGAGGCCAAUGUAAUAUGUACUUGUAUAGUUUUACAUCUGAGUGUAAAUUUGGUGUAUAGAUUUUAUUUAGUGCUGAGGCUAUUCACUGGUGAUGACAACUGGUGGUAUGUUUGCAAUAUAGAGGGAUUGUAAUCUAAAAUUGCCAAAGAAAAAUUGCCUAUACACUCAAGUACUUUUAUGUUUUCUCAAGUACCAGAUUAUCAGUGACUGAAGUCACACAAUAGAGAAAAUGUGUGUUAAUAUUGGCACAAAGGUUUAGCAUACAUAUUGUUUCCAGCUUUAAAAUGAUCUCAAAAAAAUUCCUGAAAACAUCUUGAUUUCUAUACAAUGGAGCUGUUUUAGAAAAAGAAAAUAGUGACCAGGGUGAAUUUGUAUUUUUUUUUCAGUGAGAAAUCAAAGAAAACAUAAUUUAAGUGAAGGUAAAGUGGCAGGAUCAUUAUAUCCAUCAUGUAGGAUAAUAAACAUUUAUUUUUCCUGAA